GGACACCCCCCCAAGCACAGAGACCUCAUGCACACACGUGUGCACAUACUGACACACACAGACACACACUCACAAGAUCCCCCUACCAAGAGACUCCCAAACACACACACGUGGACCCCCUCUGAUACCACACACACACACACACACACACAGACAUGCACACGGACUCCCCUCCACAGCCAUGGACCCCCCCCACCCCCCACACAGACACUCACAGAACACCUGUUCCUGUCUCCCCUCUCCGUAGCUCGAGGAACCAAUGUGGGCCGGGAGUGCUGCCUAGAGUACUUCAAAGGGGCCAUCCCUCUCAGAAGGCUGACAGGGUGGUAUAGGACCUCGGGGGAGUGUUCCAAAGACGCCAUCGUGUUUGUAACUAUCCAUGGCAAGUCCAUCUGUUCCGACCCCAAGGACACCAGGGUGAAGAAGACAGUCAGAUAUUUGCAAAGCAUCAUGAACCCUGUGCCCCAAGAGUCCUGAUUUCUGCCUGGACCAUUUGGAGACUUCCUGCCUCAGUUCACAACUCCAACCCCAAGCUGCCUGAGUCCAGUGA